AUGGUUUGCAAAUGGAAUUUGAGCCUGGCCGUGCUGGCUUUCAGCCCCUCACUAAUAGCGGGAAAAUCAUUGUGGUCGAGUUCACCUGCAACGUUUGGCGAAGGCGAUGACUACGUCCUGAAGACGGCCUACCUUCUUGGCAACGGCAAAUUAGGAGCAAUUCCAUUUGGUCCCCCUGGUGCAGAAACACUCGUUCUUAAUUUGGACUCUCUGUGGUCUGGGGGACCAUUUGAGAACUCAACUUACACCGGAGGCAAUCCCUCAGAGCCUGUCAACCAAUACCUGCCUGGAAUACGCGAUUGGAUAUUCCAGAAUGGCACGGGAAAUAUCUCUGAAAUCCUGGCACCCAUAAUCAAUUAUGGAUCCUACCAAACUCUGGGAAAUUUGACCGUCAACCUCGGGGGCGUAAGCGUCUAUAGCAACUAUACGCGUAAGCUUGAUCUUGACACUGGAAUACACACGACAUCGUGGGCCACAAAUGGGACGGUUUUUGAAAGCACAGUGUUCUGCUCUUAUCCCACGAAGAGCUGCAUCUACACUGUGUCCGGAAGUCCCAGUCUUCCUGCUGUCACAUUCUCUCUCGGAAAUGAAUUGAUGAAUGCCGAUUUGACCAACGUCACAUGUGGUACUGGAUAUACCCGUCUGAGAGGCAUCACCCAAGCAUCGAUUGGAUUGCAAUUUGACUCCAUACUUAGAGUUUCAGGCAACCUCAGCUCAUCAUGCUCAGACGCGGGAUCCCUCACGGUCGCCCCGGCAGCCGGUCAGCGCACGGUCACAGUUGUCUUCUCCGCCGAGUCGGACUUCGACCAGACCAAAGGCAAUGCGGCGAACGACUUCACCUUCAGAGGGGAAGACCCCGGCCCGGCAGUUGAAGCAACCACAGCUCUAGCCGCAAGCCGCACGUAUGAGGAUCUGCUUGUCGAUCACAUCCAAGAUUACUCGUCCUUGAUGGGUCUUUUCAACUUGAGCAUUCCAGAUACUGCUGGAUCCUCUGCCAUUGAAACGUCUGAUCUUGUGGCUCGCUACACAGAGGGCACUGCCGAUCCCUUCCUCGAGUCUCUCAUGUUUGACUAUUCGCGACACCUGCUUGUGUCGUCGUCCAGGGAGGGAUCGCUUCCUGCAAACCUGCAAGGCCGAUGGACCGAGCAGACCAGUCCGGCUUGGAGCGCAGACUACCAUGCCAACAUCAACAUCCAGAUGAACUACUGGGGAGCUGAUGCGACCGGACUGACUUCGCUCUCAAGACCGGUCUUCGAAUACAUGGCUCAGAAUUGGGCUCCUAGAGGAAGCGAGACUGCCCAGCUCUUGUACAAUGGUUCGGGAUGGGUUGUGCACAACGAGAUGAAUAUUUUCGGUUACACUGGAAUAAAGAACGAUGCACAGUGGGCGAACUAUCCUAUUUCAGCGGCAUGGAUGAUGCUUCACGUCUUUGACCACUGGGAUUAUGACCGCAACUCCACCUGGCUGGCAGAGACCGGAUAUCCUCUUCUAAAAGGUGUUGCAUCCUUUUGGAUAUCCCAGCUCCAGGAAGAUCGUUUCUUCAAUGACGGAACGCUCGUCGUCAACCCAUGCAACAGCGCUGAACAAGGCCCUACGACAUUUGGGUGCACUCACUACCAGCAGCUAAUCCACCAAGUCCUGGAAGCCGUCCUCAGCACCGCCACACUUGCAUCCGAAGCAGACACCAAUUUCCUGAACUCCGUCUCCAAUACGCUCUCCUCUCUCGACAGCGGUAUCCACAUCGACCCUGAUAGCACUUACGGUACCGGUGUCCUCAAAGAGUGGAAAGUACCGGACUCAUACCUGUACAACGUUUACCCCCAGCACCGUCACAUCUCGCACCUCGUAGGAUGGUACCCCGGCAACACCAUCUCCAGCUUUGCCGACGGCUACAGCAACACUACUCUGCAAGAAGCAGUUCGGGCGAGUCUUAUCGAGAGAGGAGACGGUACUAGUGCCGACGGCAAUGGGGGCAACUACGGCUGGCCCAAGGUCUGGCGCGGCGCGUGCUGGGCGCGUUUGAACGACUCCUCCAAGGCAUAUGAGGAGUUGCAGCUGACCCUGUUGAACAAUGUUGCGCCGAACUUGUUGAGCAUGUACAGUGGUAAGAAUCCGCCAUUCCAGAUCGACAUGAACUUCGGCUGGGCGGGCAAUGUCCUGAGUAUGUUGGUGGUAGACCUGCCUCUGCCCAGUGGUAGGGAAGGAGAGACAAGGACGGUGGUCUUGGGCCCAGCUAUCCCCAGUGCUUGGGGAGGAGGCAGUGUGCAGGGUCUUCGGGUCAGAGGAGGCAUCGUGGUAGAUUUCGAGUGGAAUGCUGAUGGGGUAGUGACCAGCAAGAGCAUUGUGAGCGGUGAUGCUGAGAAGGUCAGGUUUGUCAAUGUUCAGGGCAGCGAGUUGUAG